AUGGCAACCCUCGCAGCGACAGCACCACCGCCGCCCGCCGCCACCGUCGACGUUGACCCAGAGUAUGCCGAUGAUGCCGCCGACUCCGACUCCACCCGCGGCUCAAUCGACGAACAGCUCUCCUCCUUCACGUCCUCGCUCUCCUCCAGCGUCACCGCCUACCCCAUCCAGCACGGCCGCCGCUACCACGCCUACAAAGACGGCGCCUACAUCCUGCCCAACGAUGAGCAGGAGCAGGACCGCCUGGACGUCGCCCACGCCAUGGUGACGACCCUGAUCGGGGACAGACUCUUCCUUGCGCCUUUGCCCGAAGAGGGUUUCGCCGGGCGCGUCCUCGACGCAGGCUGCGGAACCGGAAUAUGGGCCAUUUGCAUGGGCGAUCGCUACCCCGACGCCGACGUGCGCGGCGUGGAUCUGAGUCCGAUCCAGCCGUCGUGGGUGCCUCCGAACGUGCACUUUGAAGUCGACGACAUCGAGCGUCCCUGGGCCUACGGCGCCGCCCGUUUCGACUUCGUCUUCACCCGCUACCUCAUGUCUUCGAUCCGCGACUGGCCCGCCCUCAUCGCGUCCGCCUUCUCGUCGCUCAAGCCCGGCGGCUGGGCCGAGUUCCAAGACUACGACGCUGUCGUCUACUCGGACGACGGCUCCUUCCGCCCCGAGCACGCUUUCCACCAGUGGAGUACCACCUUCAACGACGCCGCCGCCUCGUGGGGGCGCGAUCCGUCGCCGGGACCCAAGCUCGAGAGAUGGGCCAAGGAGGCGGGCUUUGUGAAUGUGAGGCAUGAGGUGUUCAAGCUGCCCAUUGGCGGCUGGCCGCGCGACAAGAGGAAAAAGGAGGCGGGCAUGUUCAAUUUGAUUCAGGUCUUGGAUGGCCUGGAGGGGUUUACCAUGAGAUUGUUCACAGGUUAUCUUGGGUGGAAAGAGGAUGAGGUAAAGGUUUUCGUGGCCAAGGCGAGGGAGAACCUGAAGGAUAGAAGUGUGCAUAUGUUGUACGAUUAUCAUGUUGUUUAUGGACAGAAGCCGGAUAGUGCUUCACAGGAGGGUUCGCGGACAUGA